AUGGAAUCUGAGAGACUUCGAUGGUUAAGAAAAAAUCAAUCUAAACUUCGAGUUGGAAAGUAUAACUAUCUAAUAGAUGUCAGAACCAAUGGACAUACCGAUGGUGCAAACACAGGGAAAAGAGUUGUCCUUCCAUCUUCCUAUGCUGGUAGUCGCAGAUACAUGGAUCAACUUUACUUUGAUGGAAUGGCAAUAUGUAGUUAUGUUAGAUUUCCCGAUCUACUCAUAAUGUUUACGUGUAAUCCAAACUGGCCGGAAUUGAAACGUGUACUUGCUUCUAAUAAUUUGACACCAGCAGAUCGGCCGGACCUCAUAACGAGAAUAUUUAAGAUGAAAUUCGAUGAGUUACUGUCAGAUUUGACUAAAAAAAGUUGUAUGGGAAAAGUUCUUGCGUAUAUGUACACAAUUGAGUUUCAGAAAAGAGGCCUUCCCCACGCUCAUAUUUUGAUAUUUCUACAUCCAUCCAGCAAAUAUCCAACACCUGCUGAUAUUGACCGUAUCAUAUCUGCCGAAAUUCCGAACAAGGACACCGACGGAGACUUAUAUAACUUGGUAAAAAGUCACAUGAUUCACGGACCAUGCGGAAACGCAAACCGGUCUUCGCAAUGCAUGAAGGAUGGUAAAUGUUCCAAAUACUUUCCUAAAGACUUUCGGGCUGAUACAGUCGUCGAUCAAUAUGGUUAUCCGGUUUACAGAAGAAGGGACAACGGUCACACUGUCAUUAGGAAUGGUAUAGAGGUUGACAAUAGAUUUGUUGUUCCUUACAAUGCAAAAUUGUUGUUGAAGUUUAGAACUCAUAUUAAUAUGGAAUGGUGCAAUCAAAGCACAUCCAUAAAAUAUUUGUUUAAAUACAUCAACAAAGGCUAUGAUCGAAUAACUGCUGCAAUUGUCAUGAAUGAAAAUGGAUGUCCUAUCGAGCGUCAAGAUGUUGAUGAAAUCAAGCAGUAUAUUGAUUGUAGGUAUGUUUCUCCAAGUGAAGCAUCUUGGAGGAUUUAUGGUUUCCCCAUUCAUGGAAGGAAACUAGCUGUGGAAAGAUUACACUUCCAUUGCGAAUGUCAACAUUCAGUCUACUAUACUGACAUCAGCAAUGUUUCCAAUGUUCUUGAGAAACCAAGUGUAACUGAAUCGAUGUUUACGGCAUGGUUUGAAGCUAAUCAGAAAUACACCGAAGCUCAACAGUUAACUUAUAGCAAUUUUGUUUCAAAGUUUGUAUAUGUCAAAAAGAAGAGAGAGUGGAAACCCAGGCAGAAGGGUUACACAAUUGGCAGGUUAAUUUGGGUUCCUCCAACUACAGGAGAAUUGUACUUUCUCAGAAUGAUGCUUACACAUGUGAAGGGCCCUCGAAAUUAUUCAGAACUGAAAAUAGUUAACAACGUCAAGUACGAUACUUUCCGUGAUGCAUGUUUUGCAAUGGGUUUUAUUGGGGAUGAUCGUGAAUUUAUAGCUGCUAUUUCAGAGGCAUUUCAGUGGGGUUCUGGCCAUUAUUUAAGAUUGCUUUUUGUCCACAUGUUGUUGUCAAGUAGCAUUAACAGACCAAGGCAUGUAUGGAGCAAAACAAGGCAUCUUCUAUCCGAUGGAAUUCUUUACUUUCAGCAGACUAUUGCCAACAACAGAGGUUUGAGGUUAUCAGAACAAGAAAUAUACAAUCUGACAUUGAUUGAGAUAGAAAAGCUACUACAACGCAACCGUAAGAGCCUAAGCGACUUUCCUGGGAUGCCAAAACCACAAGGAUAUGUUCCCGAAGAAUUUGGCAACAAGCUUAUUUACGAAGAGCGGAACUACAAUCCCGAUGAACAACUUCAAGAAUUUAACAUGCUGUAUCAGAAUCUCACAGAUGAACAAAGGGAUGUAUUCAAGCAAAUCAUGAUGGCCGUGAAUAACCAGAAUGGAGGCGUGUUCUUUCUUUAUGGUUACGGCGGUACAGGCAAAACCUAUAUGUGGAGAACACUAGCUUCUUAUAUAAGAUCAAAGAAACAAAUAUGUCUGACAGUUGCUUCUUCUGGAAUUGCCUCACUAUUACUACCAGGUGGCCGGACGGCGCAUUCUAAAUUCAAAAUUCCAAUUCCCACGCUUGAAUCUUCCACAUGCGACAUAAACAAAUGGAGCGAUAGAGGUGAUCUACUAAAACUAUCAAAGUUGAUAAUCUGGGACGAGGCUCCAAUGUGUCACAAAUUUUGUUUUGAGGCAUUGGAUAAAACUCUGAAGGAUAUCAUGGGUGGGUCCAAAGCAUCAAAUAAAAUAUUUGGAGGUAAGGUAAUAGUCUUCGGCGGUGAUUUCAGGCAAAUUCAUCCAGUUAUUCCAAGAGGCAGCCGCUCAGAUAUAGUUCAUGCUACAAUAAAUUCAUCAUACAUAUGGGAUCACUGCAAGGUUUUGAAACUUACAAAGAACAUGCGACUACAGCAGUCGGCAACAUCCACCAGUUCUGCAGAGUUAAGACAUUUCUCAAAUUGGAUUUUAACUGUUGGAGAUGGGAAGAUAUCAGAACCAAAUGAUGGUUAUGCAGAGAUCGACGUUCCUAAAGAUCUGUUGAUCUCUGAUUUUGAUGAUCCCCUUGAGGCAAUAUUUGAAAACACCUAUCCAAAUUUUGAUGUUAAUUACAAUAAUGUGGAUUUUCUACAGUCAAGGGCAAUAUUAGCUGGAACCAUAGAGACUGUUGAUCAAAUCAAUCAGUAUAUUUUAGAAUUUGUUAUCGGUCAAGAGAAAGAGUAUUUAAGCUCGGAUUCAGUUGAUACCACAGACGGUGACGGCAAUGAAUCUUUUGAUGUUUUAACUCCAGAAUUUUUGAAUGCCUUGCAAGAUUCCGGUGUCCCCAAUCAUAAAAUCAAAUUGAAGAUCGGUACUCCAAUAAUGCUUCUCAGGAAUAUUGAUCAAGCAGAAGGUCUUUGCAAUGGAACACGUCUCAUUGUUACCAAAUUGGCCGAUCAUGUUAUAGAAGCAAAAAUUAUUUCUGAAAAGAACAUUGGUGGUGUCGUAUACAUUGCACGAAUGGACAUAACUCCGACUCAAUCCCCAUGGCCCUUCCGAAUGACCAGAAGACAGUUUCCUAUAAUGGUAUGCUACGCUAUGACAAUUAACAAAUCUCAAGGUCACUCUUUAGAUUUUGUCGGUAUAUAUUUGUCAAGAAGCGUGUUCAGUCACGGUCAAUUUUAUGUGGCAGUAUCAAGAGUAAAGAGCAAAAAGGGUCUAAAGAUUUUAAUUCACGACAAAGACAAACAACCAUUGUCGGUGACGGCGAAUUUCGUUUUCAAAGAAGUCUUUGAAAAUUUAUAG